AUGCUGAGCCUCCCGCAGCGCUCGGACCGUGCGAACGCGAGGGACGCGCGGUCUGUGCCGCUCGGAGCGGGCGAGAAGCUGCGGGGAGGACUUGAGGAGUACGUGAAUGCUAAGGUGACUCUUAUGAAACUGCCAACUGGGGUCGAUCCAUAUGGGUUUGAAAGGCCAGAAGACUUUGAUUAUGCAUCCUAUGAAGCAUUCUUUUCCAGAUACCUGGUGGUCCUCACUAGAAGAGCAAUAAAAUGGUCCAAGCUUCUAAAGGGGAAUAACAGCAUCCAGAAGAGUUUAAAAGUGAAGAGAUACAUCAGGAAAGGCAUCCCCGCUGAACACCGUGCAUUGAUCUGGAUGAUUGUGAGUGGGGCCCAAGCCAACAUGGAGCAAAACCCUGGCUAUUACUACAGACUGCUUGAAGGAGAGAAGAAUGACAAGCUGGUUGAAGCAAUCAAAACAG